AUGUUAUUCAUUUCGGGCACAACUAUUUUGCUGGUGGAUUUUAUUUUGGGCACAAACUGUUUAGCUCGUGAAUUUUAUCGUCUUUUUGUUGCGGUGGGUGCUCAAAAUGCUGGUGUUUGGAAGGAUGCUAAUGCCACCUUCUACGGAGGAUCAGAUGGCUCAGGCACAAAUGGGGGAGCUUGUGGUUAUGAUGACCUAAAACGAGAAGGUUUUGGCUUAAUGACAGCGGCCUUAAGCAUGGCUUUGUUCAACCAAGGAGCGGCCUGCGGUGCUUGCUAUGAGAUCAAAUGCGUGAAUAAUCCGGAAUGGUGCAACCCCGGAGAGCCAUCGAUCAUUGUCACAGCCACCAACUUCUGCCCGCCAAAUUUCUUUAAAUCAGCUGAUGCUGGUGGAUGGUGCAAUCCACCCCAUGAGCAUUUUGACUUGGCACAGCCUGCAUUCAUCCAAAUUGCCAAGGAUAAAGUUGGAAUUAUCCCAGUUCAAUAUCGAAGGGUUCCAUGCAAAAAGCAAGGAGGUAUUAGAUUCACGAUAACUGGAAAUCCUUUUGUUGACUUGGUGAUGGUGUGGAACGUUGGAGGGGCCGGAGACGUCACAGCCGUUGAAGUAAAGGGUGACAAGCCAAAUUGGUACCCAAUGAAGAGGAAUUGGGGCCAGUUGUGGGAGACUCAUGAAAAGUUGGUGGGACAAUCUCUGAGCUUUAAGGUCAUAACCAGUGAUGGCAAAAGUGUUAAUUCAAUGGAUGCACUCCCAAAGGACUGGAAAUAUGGUCAGACAUACGAAGGCCAUAACUUCGAUUGA